AUGGCAGAAGUCGUUAGCCUUAUCGUUGCAGCCCCGGCUCUCGUUGAUCUCGCAAAGUAUUGCGGUAAAUUAGCGAUAGAGCUAUACACCUACUCAGAGGGAAGACAAAAAGCAAGGACCAGUCAUGCCACUCUGAAGCGAUACUAUCGAAGGUUCCCACAGUCUAUGGUCUUGCAAGACUUGGCCUCGGAAGGCACUAUCAAGGCCACCGAGGAUAUGUCCAAGAGCAUCCUUGACAGACUGGUAACGGUAACCGACGGCUUGAUUGACCAGAACGACACAUCUAUCUCAGCCAUAAAAUACAUCAUGUGGCGAUUCGGAAAGAAGGAUGUCCUCGAGGUCAUUCUGCAGUUAGGCAGAGUCCAACAGAACAUACAGCUCAUUGUCAACAUGCUGGGCAUCGAGGCCUGCGAGUUAGAAAUCGAGAAUAUCGUAAGGAUGAUGGAACGACGGCAACAAUGA